AUGUCGUGGACAAUGAUCAGGAGCUCGGUUGGUGGGGGCAGAGUCGAUCCACCAUCCGGUUCUUCAAGUAAUAAAAGCGCCAGACGUCCAAGAUUAAUCAAAGCCAUACAAGAUCUCAGAACAAAGCUUCUGGUGAAAAUUCAGGAGAUAAAGAAAGAUCUUCCCAUGAAACUAUUCUUUCUUUUGGUUGGUUUCUACUCUGCAACAGCGUUCUCUACAUUUAUAGGACAAACAGGAGACUGGGAUGUUCUAUCAGCUGCAUUGGCUGUUAUUGUAGUUGAAUGCAUCGGAGCUUUAAUGUACAGAGCAUCCAUUCCAUUAAUCAACAAGAUGCGGAGCACAAUCACCAUGUUUAACUAUUGGAAGACCGGGCUCGCCCUCGGACUGUUCCUAGACUCGUUCAAUGAAAACUCUUUUGGCUGGACACAGGUUUUAGCUCAGACCUCGGAAAGAAACAACAAACACCGCGAGACCUGGCUCAAGAAUGGACGGUGCGUUUCCUCUGCUUCUUGUCUUCAGAGAAGUAAUCCCGAUUUGGAAAUCCUCGGCGGAGACGUGAAGGUUAAUCUGGUCCAGUUCGGUUCAGCGUCGCUUUCUCCUGUCCGAAAUGACGACCGUGGUUGGUUGCUUGAUCCCGUUGUCCUUGCUCGUGAUUCUCGGCUCGGCUCAAAGGUUGGUGUUCUUGUCUGCAUCUGA